GGUGGGGGGGAGUAGUGGUCACACCAACACCUCGGAAUUGGGCUGGGUCUGCGUGGAGCCCCAGAGAUGGUCCCCAGCCCGUUUGUCCCAAGAACCAAUGAGUAAAAUUAGGGGCCUCCCACCAGAGGUCAGGGAACCAGGCCCUGGAGUGGAACUUGGGGUGGAAGAUGGCCUUCUUUGUCAACUGAUUCAUUCUCCAGAAUUCAACUUGUUCUCCGACUCGGUGGUGUUUGAAAGCAACUUUAUCCAGGUCACUAAGCCCGGAAGCUGGAUGGAUGUCUAUGAAGGGUCUCCCACUGUGAUCCUCGGGGUGACCUCCUCGGUGCCCUCCUUGCCACUCCCCAACGUCCUCCUGAUGGCCAACGUCACCGGGCCCCAGGGUCAGUUUUCCUCCUGGACCACACCUAACUGUGCUCCCGUGGUCACUCUCAGCAGGAUUCUCCCCCUGAAGUUUGUGGAGCUACAAAUCUAUGACCGGCUCCAACGCAUCCUGCGGGUUAGGACAGUGACUGAAAAGAUCUACUACCUGAGGCUCCACGAAAAACACCCAGAAGCUGUGUUUCAGUUCUGGAUCCGCUUGGUGAAAAUUCUGCAGAAAGGUCUGUCCAUCACCACCAAAGACCCGAGAAUCCAAUUCACUCACUGCCUGGUGCCCAAAAUGUCCAACAGCUGCACUAGAACAACACCUGAAAGCAGCCUCUCAUCAUCCACUCAGCCCAGCGAAAACUUCAUGCUGUUGGUGGCCGAGCAGACCAGUGACAGUUUCUCAAAUAUCUCAGGAAGACCCCAGCUCACAGCAGACAGUAACAGCAACAUUGCCAUCAAAAUAGACAAUUUGGACAGCUACAAGAUACCCUCCCCAGUGGCAUCUCCAGUCAACUUGAAUAUGCCCAUGAGAGCCACCUUGAGCCAUAGCCUCUGGGAACAAGAGAAUCCAGAUGAGCACUUCCUGCAAGCUCCUGUUGCCAGUUCCCUAGGAGAGAACCUUUUGGGACCCUGACACCUAGCCCAGAGUGAUCUUCCCUAGCUUCAUUCUGUGACCUUGCUACAACCUCCUAUAAUGCUGUUUUCCCACUGUGGGCCAAAGACCACGGGAGAGGUAUGAUGGUGUUUAUAACAGAGUGCUUCUGUACUUCCACCAAUAAACCUCCAAGUGAGUUCCU